AAUAUAUGUGUUUUCAACACAUUUUUGAAUCUCACCCCACUCAUCCCAUCGGUUAUGGUGCAGCUACCUGAAUUGCACCCUUUUGAUAACAUGCAACUCGUGCUUGUUGCUGCCGCUUCUCUUGGGGUGGUGGUGUCGAUCGCUCGGGUGUACCUGAUUAAGCCAGAGAGUGCCAGGUCUCUUCCACCUUCCCCACCCACGCAUAGACUUUUGGGGCACUUCCUGCCCUCUCCCAACCAGUUUCUCACUAUAGCGAGAUGGAUUGACCAGUACGGUCCUCUGAUCACCAUCCGCUCAGGUGCUGAAAAAAUCGUUUUCAUCGGUCGUCACCAUGCUGCGAUGGAUAUCAUGGAGAAGCAGGGCGGAUCGCUAGCCGAUCGUCCUCGUAUGGUCGCAGCUGGAGAAAUCCUUAGCGGCGGACUGUCCGUCGCGUUUGCACCUGCUGGAGACAGGCAUCGUCGGAUGCGCAGAGCACUUCAUACACAUCUUCAGCCUAAAGCAGCUGAGGGGUAUCACCCCCUGCAGAUGUCACACGCGAAAAAGACGGUGCUCGAUAUUCUCGAUGAUCCACGCAACUUCCAGAAGCAUGCGACGACUUAUGCCGCGACGACGAUUAUCAAAAUAACAUAUGGGGAAACUACUCCCGCGUCCACGAUUGAUAUCGAAGUGAAAGAGAUGCGCCAGUUCCUUGACACAUUUCGCCUAGCUCUGCGCCCUGGCGCCUACCUGGUGGAUUUAAUUCCAUGGCUGAAAUACCUUCCUGGGUAUGGCCGAAACUUAAGGCGGGAGUUUGAAAGGACCAGAAAACUCUACACUACUCAGCUGAACCGAGUUAAACAGCACGUGAACGAUGUGGAAGUCGGGCCUUCGUUUGGGAAAUACAUGCUAGAAAAUAACCAUCUCUAUGGUUUGUCAGAGAUCGAGAUGAUAUUUCUUGCUGGCGCUUUCUUUGGAGCAGGGUCCGAUACGACUGCUGUGGCAAUAUGUACGGUACUAAUGGCAGCCGCAUGUUUCCCUGAGGAACAAGCUAAAGUCCAGGCCGAGCUUGAUGCAGUGAUCGGAAGGAAGCGAGCACCGACCUUCGCUGAUAGACAAUUUCUUCCUCGUCUGGAUGCCUUCAUCUCUGAGGCUUUGAGAUGGAGACCGUUGACUCCUAACGGAUUUGGUCAUCGAACGACUAAAGACGUAAUUUGGGAAAACUACUGCAUUCCCGCCGGGACUAGGGUAAUUGGCAGCCAUUGGGCCAUCUCUCGAGAUCCAGAAGUCUAUCCUGAACCUGAAGCAUUCAAGCCUCAGCGCUGGAUCAACGACCAAGGUCGCUUGAGAGACGACCUCACAUUCUUUGUCUAUGGCUUUGGUCGGCGCAUAUGUCCUGCACAACACGUUGCGAACAGAUCGGUGUUCAUAAACACGCUCCUUAUUCUUUGGGCUUUCCAGCUCAAUUUGGAUCCUACGAAGCCGCUGGAUGACUUUGGGUUUAUGACUGGCAUAAUGCCAUAUGACCGGCCGUGUACUAUUGACUUUAAGACCAGGGUUCCAGAAGACGAGCUCAGGCUCAUGAUGCAGAAUUAUCCUGAGGUCGUAUGA